AUGUUCGGAAUAAAUGCCGCAUUAGAAAUAUUCCAAAAUUCAAUUGCUGAGCUUUUAACUGGCCUACCGGGAUGCAAGAACAUUUCCGAUGACAUCAUUGUUUACGGUCGUGACGUCAGAGAACACGAUGAAAACCUGAACCGCAUUUUAACCCGUCUGCGAGAACACAAUGCCCGCCUUAACCGAGACAAAUGUGCAUUCCGUAAGUCAGAAGUUAUCUUCUAUGGACACUCUUUCAGCGCCGACGGAAUCAAAGCAGCCCCUCAGAAGAUCAAUGCCAUUAAGACCAUGCAACCUCCAGAAAAUCCAAGCGAAGUGAAGUCCCUCCUUGGUAUGGCACAGUACGUUUCACGCUUCAUCCCGAAUUAUGCCACCAUUACUGCCCCUUUACGUGCCUUAACCCAUCAGAAUUCCGUGUGGAAGUGGGAGACAGAAGAAGAAACCGCUUUUCGAAAGCUACAGAAUGAGCUAACUAGUGACCGAGUCAUGGCUUAUUUUGACCCAACGAAGUCCACCAAAGUACUCGUUGACGCAAGCCCGACGGGUCUAGGAGCUAUUCUAAUGCAAGAUGGUAAAGUCAUCAGCUACGGAAGCCGUGCGCUGACUGAUGUCGAAAGUCGCUACUCCCAAACAGAACGAGAGAUGCUUGCAGUCGUCUGGGCAACUGAGCAUUAUCAUCUCUAUCUAUACGGUGCGAAGUUCACACUAAUAACUGAUCAUAAACCUCUUCUCGGAAUAUUCAAGAGCCACAGGCCUACCUCUCCUAGAAUCGACCGGUGGAAGCUGAGAUUAAUGCCUUACCACCACGAGAUCAUAUACAGACCAGGAAAAGACGAUGCUAAUCCUGCCGACUUCAUAAGCCGUCAUCCAGAUAAAACCACUCCAUUCCCGGAUAAUAUCGCUGAAAACUAUGUCAACUAUCUUUGCAACAACGUAACUCCUAAAGCUAUGACGAUGUCAGAAGUGAAGAAAGAAACGGAGAACGAUUCCACCCUCCAAAAACUUUCGCAAGCAAUUAAAACAAGUAUUUGGUCUGAUCCAGAAAUCCAACCAUACACAAAUGUAAAAGACGAACUAUCCGAAUGUGACGGUAUACUCCUACGAGGAACACGUUUGGUUCUUCCACAAUCACUCCAGCAACAAGCUAUUGAGUUGGCUCGCGCAGGUCAUCAGGGAAUAGUAAAGACCAAGCGACUACUACGCGAGAAAGUUUGGUUCCCGUCGAUCGACAGAAUGGUUGAAGAGAGAAUAAAAAACUGUAUUCCGUGCCAAGCUGCAACACAAGGUACCAUGCCAAAACCAGAACCAUUGAAAAUGACCCCACUACCAAAAGCACCAUGGAACGAAAUUGCUAUUGACUUCGUUGGUCCCUUUCCAUCGGGCGAAACACUACUUGCAGUUAUUGAUGAAUUCAGCAGAUUUCCGGAAGUCGAAAUCCUCCAUUCCACAACCGCAAUCGCCGUCAUACCCAAACUCAAUGGUAUUUUCUCUAGACAAGGGAUACCCAAAGUCGUAAAAACACAGAAAGGUUACGCCCUAUUGGCCCCUAGCUAA